AUGCAUUUGUUUGCUGAAGCAACCAUGAAAUUUACACUUGAGCUGUACCUGCAGCUCAGAGAAUCAGAGGACAACAUCUUCUAUUCUCCCCUCAGCAUCAUGACAGCAUUAGCAAUGCUCCAGCUUGGAGCCAAAGGAAACACCGAAAAACAAAUUGAAAAGGUUCUUCAAUUCAAUGAAGUCGCAAAGAAGACAACAGAAAAAUCUACAGAAUGUCAUGAUGAAGAGGCAGAAAAUGUGCAUGACCAAUUUCAAAAGCUCAUGACUCACUUAAACAAACGCAAUGAUGCUUAUGACCUAAACGUUGUCAACAGUGUCUAUGGAGCAAAGAAAUUCCCAUUUCUCCAGGAAUUUUUAGAAGACAUUAAGAAAUUUUACCAUGCCAAUGUGGAAUCGCUUGAUUUUUUACAAGCUGCAGAAGAAAGCCAAGAGAAGAUUAAUUCCUGGGUGGAAAGCCAAACAAAUGGAAAAAUCAAAGAUUUAUUUCCGAGAGGGACCCUGAGCAGUAGCACGAUUCUGGUUCUGGUGAAUGCAGUGUACUUCAAAGGACAAUGGGAUCACAAAUUUGAUGAAAAGAAGACUAGAGAAGAAAAGUUUUGGCUGAACAAGAAUACCAAUAAAUCUGUCCAGAUGAUGACACAGAAAAACGACUUUAACUUUAACUCACUGGAGGAUGUGCAGGCCAAGAUUGUGGAAAUACCAUACAAAGGCAAAGGACUAAGCAUGUUUGUCCUCCUGCCAAAUGAAAUUGAUGGUCUAAAGAAGCUUGAAGAGAAACUCACUGCUGACAAGUUAAUAGAGUGGACAAGCCCACAGAACAUGGACAUGAUAGAGUUGUAUUUAUCUUUACCUCGGUUCAAAGUGGAAGAAAAGUAUGACCUCCCAACUCCAUUGGAAAACAUGGGGAUGCCGGAUGCCUUCAAUCCACAGAAGGCCGACUUCUCCGGCAUCAGCAGCACUCACGGUCUCAUGGUGUCUAAUGUUGUGCACAAGUCCUUUGUGGAAGUAAAUGAAGAGGGGACAGAAGCUGCAGCUGCCACAGGGGUAGAGGUCUCUUUAACAUCAGCAGGGAUAACUGAAGAUUUCGCUUGUGAUCACCCGUUCCUAUACUUCAUCAAGGAUAACAAGACCAACAGCAUCCUCUUCUUUGGCAGAAUGUCUUGCCCUUAA